UGGUAGUGUCUGGUGCGACGCCCCUCACUAAGGUAGUUUAUACUGCACCUCCGGAGGUGAAGACUCGCUCAACACUCUCCCUACAACCCUCGCCCUCACCGAAUUUCCAUUGUAUACUCUCUGACAGUUGAAGUCUUUGCUCCCCCUGCUGACCUUGUAACAUUCAAGUGUCGCGCCACCGUGUAUUGAUUGGACACCAUCUAGUGGCAGACACACGGACUACACACCACAGCUGUCAAAAUGGCUCUCAAAGAUUUAGUCGGAAAAAAGAUAAUGAAUGAGGUGAUAAGGUCGAAGAAGAAGUCGGCGAGCACUGACUGGCGGGUGCUGGUAGUGGAUCAGCUGGCCAUGCGCAUGGUCUCCACUUGCCUUAAGAUGCACGACAUUUCUGCCGAGGGCAUCACAAUUGUGGAAGACAUCAAUAAGAGUCGAGAGCCACUGCCAGCAUUGGAAGCAAUCUACCUCAUUCAGCCCACGAAACUUUCUAUAUCUAGCCUCGAACAAGACUUUAUCACAUCCAAUAAAGCCAGAUAUAAAGCCUGUCAUGUCUACUUUACAGAAACUUGUCCGAAUGAGUUGUUUAAUGAGCUAUGUAAACAACACGUUGUCAAGUAUAUCAAGACCCUUAAGGAAAUCAACAUUGCCUUUUUACCCUAUGAAAGCCAGGUAUUUUCAUUGGAUUGUCCCAAGGCAUUUCUAUCAUAUUACAGCCCUACACAAGCCCAGACAAGGCAAACCACACUGGAACGCAUGGCUGAGCAGAUAGCAACUGUUUGUGCCACUCUUGGCGAGUAUCCUGCUGUCAGGCACCGUGGAGACUUUGAACGGAAUGUAGAGCUUGCUCAGCUGGUGCAGCAGAAGCUUGAUGGCUAUAAAGCAGAUGAGCCUUCCAUGGGGGAAGGACCAGAAAAAGCACGGUCUCAGCUUCUCAUUUUGGACCGUGGAUUUGACUGCUACUCUCCACUGCUACAUGAGCUCACCUUGCAGGCAAUGGCAUAUGACCUUCUGGACAUUGAAAAUGAUGUGUACAAGUAUGAAGCAACCCAGGGGGAGAGCGAGAAGGAGGUUCUCCUUGAUGAAAAUGAUGACCUGUGGCUAGAACUUCGUCAUCAACAUAUUGCAGUUGUUUCCCAAAAUAUCACGAAGAAGACAAAGGAGUUCAUGGCCACCAAACGCAACAUGGGCACAGACAAAGCCUCAAUGAAAGAUUUAUCUCAGAUGAUCAAGAAAAUGCCUCAGUAUCAGAAGGAACUUUCUAAAUAUGCAACUCAUAUACAUUUGGCUGAAAGCUGUAUGAAGAAAUACCAAGGAUACACUGACAAGUUGUGCAAAGUUGAGCAGGACUUGGCCAUGGGCACUGAUGCUGAAGGUGAGAAGAUCAAAGAUCAUAUGAAGAACAUUGUUCCCAUAUUGCUGGAUCAAGCUGUAGAAAAUGAUGACAAACUGCGUGUCAUUUUGCUAUACAUUUUGGCAAAGAAUGGAGUUUCAAAUGAAAAUUUAGAAAAGCUUCUCCAACAUGCUCAGAUCCCUGCCACAAAGAAAGACACUAUCAACAAUAUGGCACAUUUGGGUGUAAAUGUUAUUGUUGAUGGUGCAAACCGAAGUCGCAAGCCUUAUCAAGUGGCACGUAAGGAACGUAUCACAGAACAGACUUACCAGAUGUCACGAUGGACUCCUGUUAUGAAAGAUAUUAUGGAAGACAUUAUUGAAAAUAAACUUGAAGAAAAACACUUUCCGUUCCUUGCUGGCCGAUCUGCUGCCAUGCCCAGAACAGCACCAUCAAGUGUGCGGUACAACUGGCAUAAAGACAAGAGUGCAACAGCCAUCAAGAAUAUGCCCCGCCUCAUAAUUUUUGUUGUUGGUGGCAUCACAUAUUCUGAGAUGCGUGCUGCUUAUGAAGUUACCAAGUCUGGCAAGAACUGGGAGGUCAUCCUUGGGUCAACUCACAUCUUGACGCCAAAGGAAUUCUUAAGUGACCUUCAUAAUCUCAGCUGAAGCACGUGACCCCAUGACCCGGCCUCUCGCUCCUCUUCCAAAUCCUCCUCCUCCGAGUCCCUCUCAUCCAGAAAUUCUCCUCCCCCACCUCCUCCACCAUCCCCAUGUUCACCCCGCUCCCCACCCUCCACCGCCACUCCAACUCCUGAUCCUUCUCCCCUCUCUCCAUCAAUUCCAAUCAUUGAUCUCAUGCUUGCUCUCCUUCCUGUCUGACGCAAAGCUUAUGUGGUACGACAAAAAAUAUUCCACAGUAAAGAACUUCAGCUGGGUUUCAGUAAAGGUAAUUUUCUCACUUUACACUUUUGCAAAGUAGUUUUACUGAAGACUUUGUGAGUUCUUUCAUGUGGCAAAAACAAAAACUUAUCUUAAGAUAGAUUGCUGCCUUUUCAGAUUCCUAAAAUUUGUGAGUUAUAUUAUUUGUUAAUAUUCUUCAGGAUAUGCAGUAAAAAGAUAUUUUGCUUUUCUAUAGUAGUAACUUGGUUUAUUUUUCAUUAAACUACAUACCAGUAAUGUAAUUUUACUCUAAAAGCAGUUCAUUCUUAUUUUAUUUUUAAUGUGAAUUUUGUUAAACUUUCAGAUUUUGUCACAGCACUUCAGAUUAAAUAAAAUAUCGUGCCCCAGAUCCUUUGCAUGUUAAUGUUCAAUUUUCUGUAUUUUAAACAUUUAAAUACUUCAGAUGCUAUAGUAUAGUGCUAGUUGCAGCCCUCUUAUCCCCGCAUCCUUCAUGUGUGUCACAGUCAGCUAGUAUGAGCUCUAGGAAAUAUUGUUCUCCCAGGCUUUGAAAUGGCCACAUCACACACAGAAGGAGCCAUACUAAAGUGACACCAGAGGUUGUCUGCUUGUGUGGCAUAAUUCAGCUCUGGUGCAUCACUAGGUGAACAUUUUCCAUGAUCUGAUACUCUCAAAUUAUUUGUAAGGAUCCAAGUUUGUGUUGCUACCAGUUUUUAAAAGGAUUUCUGUAAAGAUUAAAAUUACCGACUUCUCUUAUUUUACAUGCACACAAAAGCAAAAUUUUGUCUACAAAUUUGAAAUGCAUGACUGCAGUAUGAUCAAAAUACAAUUAUAUUCCCAUGUUUUGUUUACAUUGCUUAGAGGUGCACCAAUAGCAGGCAUCAUUCAUUGUGUGGUGGCAGGUUGGAGCUGUAAACAAAUUGUGAUGUAGUGAGCCAUUUUGAGACUUAAUAACUUUUCAGUGGGCUCACAAUUUUACCUGUUACCUGAAAGACCCAGAAAUUUAAGUAGAGCUCAAAAUUACUCAUUGCAUCAUAAAAUGAGUAAAUCUAUCUGUGACCUGGUUUAUCUUGGUGUGUGCUGGGUCAUGGUUAAUUGCCUAACUGGGUCGUUAGGCUCUCCAUAUGCAAUUUUUAAAACUCUCUCUCCAAUCGUAUUAGCCUGGGCCUAUUUCCUCUAUAUCAAGAAUAGUCAUGCAUGGUCCUCAGCUCUUAUUUCCUGUUUUUAUAAUCAGAAACUAGUGUUCAUCCAUCAUUAUUUGACUUGUGACAAAAGACAAGACUGGGUGAUUUUUCAUAGAUUGUUAUUUCACUUUCAAGAUUUGAUACUAAUUUUAUAAUGGUACAGUAUUUGAAGAUUAUAAAACAAAAACUGCAAAUAUACAAAACAGAAUAAUUACAAUACUAUAUCUUAAGUGUGCACAUGCACGUAUUGACACAUGUACGUGUGUGUGUACAUAUGAGUGUGUGCAAGUACAUGUAUGUGUCUGUGUGUGUGUGCGUGUGGAUGAAUAUGAGGGGGGAUGUUUGUGAGUGUUAGUUACAUGUUGCCAAUAGACACUUGGCCUGUUUUGUGUGUUCUACAUGUAAAAGAAACUAUGUAUGUAUGUAUGUAUG